AUGAGGCGUUGGUGGCAGAUUUUUGUCCUGUGGGUCUUCUGUGUGCUCAUUCUGUGGCUAGUGGUUCCCUGCCUGGAUCUGACGCCUAAAUCAGUUCCCCAGGAAGAACUGAUGCACUUGGUAACAUGGUGUUACAGUUGUCCUUGGUUCAAAUUCAGGAAAGAUGCUUGCUCUUCUGGAACCCUCAACUGCUCCCCUUGCCACCAAAUAGCUGGAGAAUCCAACUGGUUUGAUGCAAGCUACAAGAGGACUGUGGAGUUCCUGAAGGGAGCAAAAGAGUCUGUGAGCUCAGAUGCAGUGCUCUGGUGGUUGGACCUGAGCUCAGAAAGCAAGCUUAGACACAUGUGGAGGAAACUGCUGACAGUGAUUCCCAGACAAUUGGGCAGCCAUUUUGCUCUCUACUGUAGGACUUGUGUGGUGAUGGGGAGCUCGCAGAUCGUGUGGGGCUCCAAUCACAGCAUCAGCCAAUAUGCCAGGAUGAAGCAGGCUUCUGCCCAGGGCUUUGAGAAGGAUGUGGGGAACCGAACCACGGGGUGCAUCAACUAUCCCAGGAACACUGAUCAUCAAGAUUCCCGAAGUCAGCUGUUGCUGCUGUUGCUGAAGCUGUCCGAUCUGGCAUGGCCCCCAGACACCCUGAGUGAGGAAGUGGUGGUCUGGGAACACAGAAAUUCUUGGUAUGGGGGUCUUCAGGGUAAGCAGGAGAUAGAGCUUAAGAAUAGGAAGCAGCAGGCGCCACCGACUAAGGGAGCUUCCUGCCGCACCUGUGCAGUGGUGGGGAACUCAAGGUUCCUCCAGGGCUCUGGCUAUGGCUUCAAGAUUAACCAACAUGACAUGGUCCUCAGAUUUCAGAUCGCCCAGUUCCCUGAUGGAAACAAAAACAAGAUCUUAAUGAUCAGCCUCACCUUCCUCAAGUACAUCCAAGAAAUAUGGCUGAAAAACCAGGCUAAGUCUCCAUCCUUGGGGUUCGUGGCUGUGUCCUAUGCCUUGCACACCUGUGAUCAGGUCUCCUUGUUUGGUUUCGGGACAGACAAUCUCAAAAAGUGGUCUCGUUACUGGAAUAAUACAUAUUGGUCCACGAACACCAUGAACAAUCCCCAAGUGGAGAGAAAUGUCAUCCUUCGGUUGCAUUGUGAGGGAAAGAUUGUUAUGUACACCUGA